AUUUCCCCUAUGUUUUUUCACACACUCGAACCGCCACUAUUUGUUGUCUCGCUCUUGCUUAUACAAAUUCACAUUUCUAUAUAAAUUUCUAUCGUCCCCCAUUACUCUAACAAAAACUCGCACAGUCCUUUCUCAGAUUCUAUCUUUCACACACAUUUCUACGAGCUCAGACUCUUUUCGUCUUCUUUGCCCUAAUUUUCUUCUCCAACAAUGGGCAAAAACGUAGUCUCUGAUGAAGAAGAUGAGGUCGAGGUCGAGGACGAGGACGAGAGGGAACACGUUGAUCGUCGUGGAGGUGGUCGCGAUGAGGAUGAAGAGGACGAAGAAGAUGAAGAAGGGCAGGAUGAAUAUGAGAAGGAUGGAUUUAUAGUGGAUGAUGUUGAUGAAGAGGAGCAAGAUGAAGAAGAGAGGGCAGACAGUGAUGAGGAGAGGCAGAGGAAGAAGAAACGGAAGAAAAAAGAGAAUUAUACACUUGAUGAAGAUGACUAUGAGCUCUUGGAGGACAACAAUAUAACCAUUCCCCGUUGGAAGCAGAGCAAAAAGUUUAAGCGGCUGAAAAAAGCUCAGGGGGUUUCUGAGGAGCCCUCUGGAUUAUCUGAUGAGGAGGAGAUGUUUGGAAGUGGAAAAGGUGGGAGAACUGCAGAGGAGAAGCUUAAGCGUAGUUUAUUUGGUGAUGAUGAAGUAGGUGCUCCGCUUGAGGACAUUGCUGAAGAGGAGGAACAAGCAGAAGAUGAAGAGGAUGGAGACAUUGGUGAGGAGGAUGAAAUGGCUGACUUUAUUGUGGACGAAGAAGAUGAGCACGGAGCUCCUCCCAAGGGAGGGAGGCGGCCAAAGAAAGGAGGGAAUAGGAGGGCGCCUGGAGUUUCCUCAUCAGCUUUGCAGGAAGCUCAUGAAAUAUUCGGUGAUGUUGAUGAACUCCUGCAGCUCCGUAAGCAAGGUUUAGAUUCUACUGAAUGGAGGGAAAGGAGGCUGGAAGAUGAAUUUGAACCAAUUGUUCUUUCUGAGAAGUAUAUGACAGAGAAGGAUGACCAGAUUAAGGAGCUUGACAUCCCAGAAAGAAUGCAGAUAUCUGAGGAGAGCACUGGUUCUCCUCCAUUGGAUGAUAGUAUAGUUGAAGAGACUGCUUGGAUAUAUAAUCAACUCCAAAGUGGUACGGUACCUUUGUUUGGCAAGAGAGGCAUGGGGACUGUUAAGGAAGGGGGGGAUCUGUCUAUUAAGAAAGAUGAUAUCAUGAGAUUUUUGGACCUACUGCAUGUGCAAAAACUAGAUAUCCCCUUUAUUGCUAUGUAUCGAAAGGAGGAGUGCCUAAGUCUCCUGAAAGAUCCUGAACAGCCGGAAGAUGAUGAUGAAAAUCAGGAUAAGAAUGAGAAGACACCUACUCUAAAGUGGCACAAGGUACUUUGGGCAAUUCAAGACUUGGAUAGAAAGUGGCUGCUGCUUCAGAAGCGAAAGAGUGCUCUUCAGUCAUACUACAAUAAGAGAUUUGAGGAAGAAUCUCGGCGUGUAUAUGAUGUAACAAGACUCAAUUUAAAUCAGCAACUCUUUGACUCAAUUAUGAAGUCACUCAAGGCAGCAGGAUCAGAAAGGGAGGUUGAUGAUGUUGACUCCAAGUUUAACUUACAUUUCCCUUCGGGUGAAGUGGGAGUGGAUGAGGGACAAUACAAGAGGCCCAAGAGGAAAUCACUAUACAGUAUUUGCAGUAAAGCUGGUCUAUGGGAGGUUGCAAACAAGUUUGGUUACAGCUCUGAGCAAUUUGGAUUGCAGCUAUCAUUAGAAAAGAUGAGAAAUGAUGAGUUGGAGGAUCCUAAGGAAACACCUGAGGAGAUGGCUUCUAACUUUACAUGUGCAAUGUUUGAGACACCUCAAGCUGUGCUUAAAGGAGCUAGGCACAUGGCAGCUGUGGAGAUAAGUUGUGAGCCAUGUGUUAGGAAACAUGUCCGUAGCAACUUUAUGGAUCAUGCUGUGGUAUCAACUUGUCCAACACCUGAUGGGAAUUUGGCAAUAGAUUCUUUCCAUCAGUUUGCAGGGGUGAAGUGGUUGCGCGAGAAGCCUCUUAGUGCAUUUGAUGAUGCACAAUGGCUCCUCAUUCAGAAGGCUGAAGAGGAAAGGCUUCUUCAGGUUACGGUUAAGAUGCCAGAAAGGGAUCUGGAGAAGUUAAUAAAUGAAUUUAAUGAGUAUUAUCUUAGUGAUGGUGUUAGUAAAUCUGCUCAACUAUGGAAUGAGCAGAGGAAAUUAAUAUUGCAGGAUGCACUUUUUGGGUUUCUUAUGCCCUCCAUGGAGAAAGAAGCAAGAUCUUUGUUGACCAGUAGAGCGAAAAACUGGUUACUUAUGGAGUAUGGGAAUGUUUUGUGGAACAAAGUUUCCGUGGGCCCAUAUCAACGGAAGGAAACUGAUAUUAACUCAGAUGAAGAAGCUGCACCAAGGGUCAUGGCUUGUUGUUGGGGCCCUGGAAAGCCAGCUACUACCUUUGUAAUGUUAGAUUCAUCAGGUGAGGUGCUGGAUGUGCUUUACACUGGGUCCCUCACUUUGCGGUCCCAAAAUGUGAAUGACCAACAACGUAAGAAAAAUGAUCAAGAACGUGUAUUGAAGUUCAUGACAGAUCACCAACCACAUGUUGUUGUUUUAGGAGCUGUAAAUCUCUCUUGUACCCGAUUGAAGGAGGAUAUAUAUGAGAUUAUUUUCAAGAUGGUGGAGGAAAAUCCCAGAGAUGUCGGGCAUGAGAUGGAUGGGUUAAGCAUUGUAUAUGGGGAUGAGAGUCUACCUCGCCUUUAUGAGAACUCUCGGAUUUCAUCUGACCAGCUACCUUCGCAAUCAGGCAUUGUUAAACGGGCUGUCGCUCUCGGGCGAUAUUUGCAAAAUCCUUUGGCAAUGAUUGCGACGCUAUGUGGACCGGGAAGGGAGAUCUUAUCAUGGAAACUUAGUUCCCUAGAGAACUUUUUAAACCCAGAUGAGAAAUAUGGAAUGAUUGAACAGGUUUUGGUAGACGUAACAAACCAAGUGGGUGUUGACAUUAAUUUGGCUAUCAGUCAUGAAUGGUUGUUUGCUCCUCUACAGUUCAUUUCUGGGCUUGGUCCUAGGAAGGCAGCAUCUCUGCAGAGGUCCUUGGUAAGAGCUGGGGCAAUAUUUACUCGAAAGGACUUUGUCACAGUGCAUGGACUUGGUAAAAAGGUGUUUGUCAAUUCGGUUGGUUUCUUGCGUGUCCGGCGGAGUGGAUUGGCUGCUAGCAGCAGCCAGUUCAUUGAUUUGCUAGAUGAUACAAGAAUACAUCCAGAAUCUUAUAAUCUUGCACAAGAGUUGGCCAAAGACGUUUAUGACGAGGACAUAAGAGGUGAUACAAAUGAUGAUGAUGAUGCACUGGAGAUGGCAAUAGAGCAUGUUAGAGAUCGACCUAGUAUUUUGAGAAGCCUUGAUGUUGAUGAAUAUGCUAAUGGCAAGAACCGUGCGAAUAAAAGGGAAACUUUUUAUGACAUAAAAAGGGAACUUAUGCAGGGAUUUCAGGAUUGGCGUAAGCAAUAUGAAGAGCCUAGUCAAGAUGAUGAAUUCUAUAUGAUUUCAGGUGAAACUGAGGAGACCCUUGCUGAGGGAAGAAUUGUGCAAGCCACUGUCCGUAGGGUGCAAGGUCAAAAAGCAAUUUGUGUGCUUGAAUCUGGUUUGACUGGGAUGCUCAUGAAAGAAGACUAUUCAGAUGACUGGAGGGAGGCUGAGUUGUCUGACAGGCUACAUGAAGGUGACAUUCUCACUUGCAAGAUUAAGUCAAUUCAAAAGAAUAGGUACCAGGUCUUCCUAGUUUCUAAAGAGAGUGAGAUGCGAAGUAACCGACUUCAGUAUGUCAGAAACGCCGAUCCAUACUACCAUGAAGACCGAAGCAGGCUACAAAGUGAGCAAGACAAAGCUCGCAAAGAAAAGGAGCUUGCAAAGAAGCAUUUUAAGCCAAGGAUGAUUGUUCAUCCCCGCUUCCAGAAUAUUACCUUAGAUGAAGCAAAGGAGUUCUUGUCUGACAAGGAUCCUGGCGAAAGUAUCAUCAGUCCCAGUCGCCAUGGACCUUCUCAUCUAACUCUAACUCUCAAAGUUUAUGAUGGAGUUUAUGCUCAAAAGGACAUAGUUGAAGGUGGAAAGGAGCACAAGGACAUCACAAGCUUACUUCGUAUUGGGAAGUCAUUGAAAAUUGGGGAGGACACUUUUGAGGAUUUGGAUGAGGUGAUGGAUAGAUAUGUUGAUCCCUUGGUGUCUCACUUGAAAGCAAUGCUAAGUUAUCGAAAGUUCAGGAAGGGCACAAAAGCAGAAGUUGAUGAACUCCUAAGGAUUGAGAAAUCAGAAAAUCCUACGAGGAUAGUUUAUUGUUUUGGCAUCUCACAUGAGCAUCCUGGCACCUUCAUCCUGACCUAUGUAAGGAGUACAAAUCCACACCAUGAGUAUAUUGGUUUAUAUCCAAAGGGAUUUAAAUUCCGGAAAAGGAUGUUUGAGGACAUUGAUCGGCUUGUAGCAUACUUCCAGAGACAUAUUGAUGAUCCUCAGUCAGCACAAUCUCUCAGAUCGAUCGCUGCUAGGGUGCCAAUGCGAAGCCCUGCAACUGGGGGCUCUUCAGGGGCAUCUGGGGGUAGUGGCUGGGGUGGUUCAACCGAUGAGGAUAAUUGGAGGGGUCAAUCUUAUGACAGGGAUCGAUCUUCUACACCUGGUUCAAGAACAGGCCGAAAUGAUUAUAGAAAUGGAGGUGGCCGAGAUGGACAUCCAAGUGGAUUGCCUAGGCCAUAUGGUGGGCGCGGACGUGGUCGAGGUUCGUAUAACAGCAGCAGAGGAAAUAGUUCCGGCAAUGAGAGGCAAGAUUCUGGUUAUGAUGCCCCCAAAUGGGAUUCAACUACCAAGGAUGGAGAAGAUGGUUGGGGCAGUUUUCCUGGUGCUAAAGUUCAAAACUCACCAGGCAGGGAGGCUUUCCCAGGUGGUUGGGGUGGCAGUGGCAGUGGCAGUGGCAGUGGCAGUGGCGGCGGUAAUAGUUGGGGUGGUGGAGCUAGUGGCAAUGAAAAUGCUGGGUGGGGGGAUGCAGGUACAAAUGACGGUGGUACUGAUAAUGGGGGUUCCGGUUGGGGAACUGCACCUAAGAGAAGUUCUUCUCAGUCCCAAGCUGGGAAUGGAUGGUCGGGAGGAAGUGGGGGCGGGGGCGGGGGUGGGGGUGGUGGUUGGUGAAACCACAUGAUAUGCUAAUAUAUCUCCUUUCCUGGUCUCCCACUCCUGACUAAUAGCAGAUGUUUUGAUAUGGCAUCAAAGGUGUGGAACCCUUUUGGGCAUUCACAUCCAGGUGGUGAUGCGAUUAAUUGUAUUGACCUUUACUUGUUAUAAUCUCUGUAUGUAAUUUAUUUAUAAAUGGCACUGAGUUUUCUUUCUAUUUGUUUCUCUACUCUUUCUAAUUGCAUUAUUUCUUGGAUGAGAAAUAUCUCACCCUACUUUUGUAAAA